CUGAAAAAUGUUACUCUAGAAAGGUUGACAUCGAAAUAUCGUAAAUAGUACGAUUUUGGAAUUAAAAAGGAGCGAAAGACUCACGUAGUGUGUUGUGCUUCAUCGAUUGUUUUUGUGUAUUUGUGUCAUUGCAUAAAAAGAACAAAAACGCAAAACCUAGAAUUCCUUUUGCAAUUAGAAACGCAAAAUUUUGGUAAUUUCCCGAUUGAAAAUGAAGUUUCAAUACAAGGAGGAGCACCCGUUCGAGAAGAGGAAAGCCGAAGGUGAAAAAAUUAGGCGAAAAUAUCCGGAUAGGGUACCUGUGAUUGUGGAGAAGGCCCCCAAGGCACGCAUCGGCGAUUUGGAUAAGAAGAAGUACUUAGUGCCGUCCGAUCUGACCGUCGGCCAGUUCUAUUUCCUGAUCCGCAAGCGGAUUCACCUUCGACCCGAGGACGCGCUGUUCUUCUUCGUAAACAACGUAAUUCCGCCGACGUCGGCCACAAUGGCCGCUCUAUACCAGGAACAUCACGAGGAGGACUCUUUUUUGUACAUUGCAUAUUCAGACGAGAACGUUUACGGCCAGGCGGACAAUUGAGUUUAUUUAUUCUAAUAUAUUAAAAAUUAUCGACUAUGCUUCUGUAAAAUUAUAAUGUAAAGAAAAGUUUGUUUUCGGUAGUCAUUUGUAAAUUACGUUUCUUUUAUUACGUGAUUUGUGUCUCAUUUUAGUUCACCAACUGGCGAGGCGUUUAGGUUUAGUUACUUUAGUUUGUAAAUUAUAGUUAUGUAUUAAGACCAAAAAAAAUGAUAUAAAAGAUUUUAAAAGGC